CCAUCUGGCCUUGCACCACCUAAACAUGCAGAUUAGACCAUACGUUAUAACUGUGAUGAAGCUGCUGUGCAGUCCUUGUAAUGCAGCUGUUUUUUUGGCCUAUUACCACUUUCAUAUUCCUUAGUAAUCUGUACAAAAACUAUUGAAAACAUGGGUGGGCAAUAGUUUCUGAGUGUAAGUAGCAGGCGGUCCGAUGGAGGAGAAGCAGGAUGAACAGGGCAUGACCUUCGAUGAACUGUCCAUGAAACAAAGCAGAGAUUUCCGCAGUGCUCUGCAGGAGCUGAAGGAUCUAAGGCCGCAAUUGUACUAUGCAGCUGAUUAUUGUGAGAAAUCCUAUUUAUUCGAUCAACAGAAAAGAAAGGUUUUGGAGAAUUCAAAGGAUUAUGCAGUAAAGGCUCUGGUAAAUGCUGUAGAUCAUCUUGGAAAUGUUGCUUCUCAGCUAAAUGGACUUCUCAGCGACGAGUUUGUCAAGAUUGCUGCCACAGAAGUUCGAAUCAAUUGCCUUAAUCAGAGAGUUCUUGCAAGUAAAGAGUAUAUUGAGGGCAAUGCUCUCAGACAGCAGUACUUGGUACAAACUUUCCCAAGAUAUCACAAACAUUAUGUUAUACCAGCCACAGAGACUAAGUUUGGUUCAAGAAAGGAAUCAUGCAUUGGCCAGGAUAGGGAGCGAGUGCAACUGCCAUCAUCGCAUCAAGGUCACACACAAAUUGCUUCAAAUCUGAUCUCAAAUCCUUCAUUAAGGAAUGGAGUCCAUACAAUAUCGUCAUCAUCAUCUUUUUCUUCCACUUCAGCACACAAAACCUCUGUUCUGCCAGAAGUCAGUGUUUCAGUUCGGUCAACUUCUACUUCUUCUUCUCGCAGCCAGUCAGCAGCUGGGACUCCAAGGUCUUUAAGUUCUUCAAAUGUUUUUGGUGCUGGAUUGAAGGAUCCAAUCGAAGGCCCAAAAUCUUCGUUUUCUUUAGAGAAUAAUCACAGAAGGGAUGUUCGUCAACCUCCACAAGCCAGGAAUUUCUUUACAUCUUUUCUCCAUGGUCGCAAAUCUGCAAAGAAAAGACCAAACCAUGUUCAGUAAACAUGGCUGUUGUAUGACAAUGCAUGAUAUGUGUUUUAUAAUGGUUAUAUCUCUAAAUCUCCAUGAUUCUUAACAGAUUAUGAGUGAUAAAUUGCCUCAAAAUAAAAACCUAUCAGUUGGAAUUUUUAUUGUUGUUAGCUAUAAGCAUUGUUAGAUCUCAAUUUAACAGAUUAUAUAAUACCUGUGCCUUUUUUAAUGGAAGCUGCUAUAGAAGCAUGAACUACAAAGGUGAUAAUCAGUUUUAUAAGC